GGUCUACUUCACUACCACCUUCCCUCCGUAUUGAAUUUUGCCACGCCUCUCACUUCUGAUUCGUCCAAUCCAGAGAAUCAGGUCAUAUUUGAAGAUGCCAUAAGUUUGAGUCGAAUUUUCGAACUUCUGGAGGCCAACAAGGCGCGUCUUGGUCUUAUCAACUACUCGAUCAGCCAAACGACUCUGGAGCAGAUCUUCAUUGACUUAGCCAAGCUGCAACGCGAGCCGAACGUUUCCGAGACGGAUAAUAAUGAAAUUCCGACCAGCAAUUAUGGGCGGUUGUGA